AUGUCUUUUGAUUCCUUUAUUGGAAGUAAAAGACUAGCAAAAUUUUCUCCUGUUUUAAAUCUAAAUGACUUUAGGUAUAAUGCUAUAUAUGCCAAAAAUUUAAUAAAGUUAUCAUUACCAUGUAUUGAAGAAGAAACUUUGUGUAAUACUCAUCUUGUAAAUAAAAAUAUUAAUCAAAAAAAUUGUAGUAAUGAAGAUAUAAAUAUGAAAGAUGUAGAUUGUGAUGAGACACAAAGUUCUUCUGGAAGUAACAAUAUAACCGAAGAUAGAUGCCAAAGUUCAUUAGGUUGUGAAGAAAAAUUAGAUUUUGAAGACAAAUUUCGAAAUGCUGCUAAGAAACUUAUAGGAAUGACAUGCAAAAAAGCACCACCUGGAGAAAUAGAAACUAAAUAUAAAGAGCGUUUAACAAAACUUGAAGAAGAGAAACCUAACGAAUUAUUAAGUUAUAACAAACCAACGAUUGAUGAAGUUUCAAUGACAAAAUAUAAAAAUGGUUUUUUAAAUCUUAUUAGUGAUUUGAAUGGAAGUAUUCCUGCAGCAAUUACAGCUACAAAUAAUGUUAUAUUUCAUGGUAGUGAAUGUGUUAAAAAAGCUCCAGUAUAUUCAAAUGUACAAUUAUUUGGUGGAGUGUAUAAAUAUAAGGAAAAACAUUCAUAUAUAGUUUCAAACAAGAAGAUGAAAGAAUUUAGAAAAAAUAGAAAUUUUAAAACUACUUAUAUAGGAAAAACUAAAUAUUUUAAUUUUGAAGAAUAUGCUUAUGAUACGAGAACAAAUCAUUUAAUUGAUGAAAUACCUGACGAAUUAAGGUUAACUAUUAGAUUGUAUAUGCCAAAAGUUCCAAGAGACAUACGACUACCAUAUAACUUUAAUGCUGGUUAUCCUGUAAUUGAUAAAGUAUUCUUUUUUUGUGGUAAUAAUACUUUAAAACAAUUAAAAGAUAAAAUGUUAUGUUAUUGGGAUCUAGUUUGUUUAAAAAAAGAAGAAGAGGGAGAACCAAAUUAUACUGACUUUAUGAUGUACAAAGUACCAUCUUCUUUUAUUUUUAUUCAUGAUACAUUUUAUAUAGAUAAUUCAAGAAAAGAUUUAACAGAUAUUUCAAAAGAAUAUAAAGAAUUUCUGGAUAAACGUUCCAAGUUAUAUGGUAAUAGUAAAAUUGGUGAUAUGGAAAGUACCAAAUUAAAUGAUCUUAAUCUUCGUUUAGGAAUGGCGUAUGUUUAUGUUCAUAUGGGUGGGCGUUGUGAACAUAUGUUUUCUAUUUCUGAUGUUAGAAUGAUAAGCUAUAAUGAUUACCAUGAUUUAAAAACAUAUCCUAUAAAAGUUAAUCAACCACUAAGAAAAAAAAAAUGCCAUGUUUGUAGUAGUGAAGGACCAAGAUAUAUAAUUGUAGAAUGUAAUUUAAUGCCAAAAUGCCCAAAACUUAUGUGUGAAAAGUGUUACAAAACUUUCAAUUAUUCUUUUAGUAUAAGAAAUACUGAUGCAAUAGUUUAUCCUUUUGUUGAUAGAAGUCUUAUCACUUAA